AUGAAUGCUGUUCACUCUCUCGACACCCGGACUCAUUCACACCAAGACCACCCCUCUCCCGUCCCGUCUAUCGAAGAAACCCACCAAGAUUUGCCCGAUGCGCCAACAGCAGCAGAACAGGAGAGCUCAGCUCAUGCGACCACGAAUGGCGCCGACGAGCACAAUGACUCGGAGGCGGAGACGGAGAUAGAGUCACCUGUUAAGAAACGAGAGGCCGAGAAACAACAACAGCAACAGCAAAGUGCUCCAGCCGUCAAGCCCGAGAAGCCGCAGAAGAGUCGCAUAGGAAGCCUCCCGGUACCUCAGGAUGACGACGAUGAUGCCGAGUCUGUCGCUUCGCCAAUGGAUAGUACCGAGCUCAGCAUUGGCAAAGCCACCUCGAAUGGAGGUGAUGUCAAGCAGGACGAGGACGAGCACAUGAGAGAUCGAGAUGACACCGAUGGCGAUAGCGACGAGCUCAGUUCGCCGCAGUCGGAAGAUGAUCGCUCGCAACCGCCGUCGCGUGCUACCUCAGAACAACCCCAGCAGGGUCAGAACGGCUCCUCUGACUCGCCAAAUCCGCGAAAGAGGAAGCACCGCGCGAGCUCAGUCACCCUUCCGAGCAGCAAAAGGCAGAGCAUGGAUCCACCGAAGCGCACAUUAGCACGAGGCCGACACAGCAUGGGUGUCGACGACUUGGGCUCGCACAAUCGCUCACCUUCUCCGAAUGCGCGCUCGCAUCGCCGCACUUUUUCGACACAAUCCGCCAUCGACAGCAGCACCCGCAAGCGAAGAUCCGUUCCUACCCUGCCUGGGCGUGAGGUCAAGUCCGCAAAGACAUGGGACGAAUCAUCUACUUCGUCCGACACUGCCUCACGUGGCCAGCAAGACGAGUCGAAACGUCCACAACGCGGCGGCAGCACUCGAUGGUCUUCCGCUACGCCUGGCAACCGCCCUGGUGGACGUGAGCAUAAGCGGCAUGUCAAUAAGUACGGCUUUACGCGCCUAGCUGAGGCGUGCGAGGACGGAAAUGUCGAGGUUGUUAAGCAGUGGAAAGAGAAAGACCCGGAGCAACUUGAGCUCGCAGAAUUCGCUGGCAACAAGCCGCUCCAGAUUGCUGCGCUGAACGGCAACGAUGAAGUAGUCUCAUAUCUUAUUGAGCAAGGCUGUCAGAUCCACUGCGCGAACGUGGAUAAAGACACACCUCUGAUCGAUGCAGCUGAGAACGGUCAUCUCGGCGUGGUCAAACUUCUCCUCGAUGCCGGCGUGGACCCUCUCCGACAGAAUCAGAAAGGCCAGCAAGCCCUGGAUGUUGUUACGGACGACACCGAGGAUGCCACAUCGAUCCGCGCCGCGCUGCACAAGGCCAUCGACCACUGGAACAGCAGCGAGGCCAAACAACGCCGCGAGGAAGAAGAAGAGCAACGACACCGCGCGGGCCCUUCAAAGGAACUCCACUUCAUGGCACGCUCGUACGAGAACCUCUUAAAGCUGGUGCAGAAUAACGAUCGCAACGGCGUGCGGGAAUUCCUCGCUGCGCGCGUGCCCGUGGACAACGCUAUCAUCGCCGCCGCUGCGCGUACAGGAGAUUUAUACCUCGUGAACAUGCUGCUGGCGGAAAUGACGGAGAAGAAGGCGAGCCAGAAGCCGGAAAAGCCGAUGCUGAGCGUGUUGGGUACAAGCCAUUUCGAUAUGGUAAAGGCGCUCACGGAGCUGGACAAUUUCAACGCGACGUGGAGGAAUCGAGCUGGCAAGACUUGGGCGGACAUUGCCGAGGAGAGGAUGGGGCCGAUGUGGAGACAGGAGAAAGAGUUGUUGGUGAGGUUGUAUGAGGCGAGGGGUGGCGCGAAAGAUAGGCGGUCUAGCAGUCCGGUUGCUAAGCGCGAUGGGACGAAGAGGCGGCUUGGCAUGGCGAGGAGGGAGGAGGAGGUCAGCACUCCAAGCAGUAGCGAUGAGGAGAAAGAGACUGAGGGAAGGGCAAAGAGAAAGAAUGGGAGGAGGUUGAUGAGUCGAAGGGACAUGCGCGCGGUGGGCGGCAAGGGCGGCUUGUCCGAUUCCGAUGAUGGCGAGGAAGAUGCCGAGGGCGAGAUGGACGUUGACGAGCCUGAGGAAGCUGCUCAUGCAAAGCACUCCAGUACAGCUGCAGAGGAGGACACAAUGAAGCCUCCCGACACGCCGAACACAAGGAGGCGGUUGAGAAGCAAGAGCAUCUCCUCGCCAGCGCAGGCUGCUCCGACGCUGGCGUCGCGGAAGGCCAAGCUAAGAAGGCGGUCGAGCUCGUUGCGGGCUGCGCCGGAGUUGCCAACGCUGAAGGAGGAGGAUAAGGACCUCGAUCAGGACGCGCAGCCAUCUUCGUCUCAGUCGCAACAACAGCAGCAGAAAGAAGAAGAAGACCAGCUGAAGAAACAACACCAAGAAGAAGCACUCUUCCGCCUCGCCGAAGCGCAACGUCUCGAAGAGAAGCGCAAUGCCGAAUCAGCAGCCGCGGAGGAAGCUAAACGCGCUGAAGAGGCCGCAAAGAAGGCCGAAGAAGACCGCAUGGCCGAAGAGCAACGCAAAGCUGAGGAACUCGAGAAGCAGCAGCGGGCCGAGCAAGCUCGCAAGGAUGCGGAGGAGCGCUCGAGGCUGGAGGCGGAGGCAGAGCGGGAGCGGUGCGAUUACGAGACGCAGGUGCUUGCUGCUUUGCCUAAGCCGUUAGCUUCAAUGCUAAAGCCGACUACUCCUAACCCAGUCUCAGGACAGGGCAGAGCGAGCGAGCAACUGCUACCUCUUCGCGUCAUUGGGUCGUCGCCAAUGGUUGCGCCACAAGCUGAUACGAGUGACCCAUGGGUCCUCAAUCUCGAUGCCGCGCCUCUCCUCGACAAGCCCACUGGUCUACAGUUGUUCUUCCAGGUCGAGAAGCCUGGUUACGCCGACUCUGUGGUAGAGCAUUGGAGGACGGCGCCUCUGCAGGAGCUGGACUGGAUGGCUGUUGAUCAAGGACUCGCGAAGUUGGCUUUCUCCAAGCACGAAGACGACGACACCACGCCCGAUGGGGACGCCAUGCACGAGGAAUACGAGCUCGAAAUGUCCGAAGAACUCCGCCGUGCUGCUGCGCGCUAUCGCAACUUCAUGAACGCUAAGCACGUCCUUCGUCGGAGCGAUUCGCCGGUUGCGCUGCGCAGAGUACGGCUCAACGACGUGCGAUCGAAUCUGCAUCCCAUGCUGUCCCAAGCCGAAGUCGAGGUCGACGCGCUCUCACCCGCCCAUCAAAACCUCUCGGUCAAGGAUCAGGACGGUCGAAACUUCGUCGACUGCCUCCGACUCGUCGAGGAUGAGGAAGUGGGGGGCGCUAGGUGA